CUCUGCAGCAGUCACUUGGGCAUUUCAUGUUUGCCUCUCUUGAUGGACGGGAACAAAAAAGCCUUGCAGCAUACCAGUGAACUGAACCGGAGCUGACCAUAGGGGAGAAUUUGAUGCAAACUUACAGACUGUUGGGACCCUGUGACAUAGAUCACCGAGGUAAACGUGUUGAUGAUCAGAAACUGCAUCUAUGAGAGAGUAAACCAGCAUUGCUGAGUUUGAAACCGUAUUUUGUAACAGCAGUCAACGUGUUCUGAACUGUUGCCUGCCUCGGUGCUGGCUUAUUUUUCUUUUUUUUCCAAGCUGAAAAGCCAGAGAAGGUUUUCAAAGGAAUGCAAAAGCAACAGGAGUUUUAAAAGCAGGAAGCUGAAAGGGGCUCUCCAUAAGAUGAAUUUCACCCAGCACCGUGGGACCCUCCAGCCUCUCCAUUUCUGGAACCACAGCUAUGGACUGCACGGAGGUGCCAGCGAGCCCAACGCGAAGGGCCACUCCUCGGGAGGCUGCUACGAGCAACUCUUUGUAUCCCCUGAAGUGUUUGUGACUCUGGGCAUCAUCAGCUUGCUGGAGAAUGUCUUGGUCAUUGUGGCAAUAGCCAAGAACAAGAACCUCCAUUCUCCCAUGUACUUCUUCAUCUGUAGCUUGGCAGUGGCUGACAUGCUAGUGAGCGUAUCUAAUGGAUCAGAAACUAUUGUCAUCACGCUGCUAAACAAUACAGACACAGACGCACAGAGCUUUACCAUAAACAUUGACAAUGUCAUUGACUCAGUGAUUUGCAGUUCCUUGCUUGCAUCAAUUUGCAGUCUCCUCUCAAUAGCAGUGGACAGGUACUUUACUAUCUUUUAUGCCCUCCAGUACCAUAAUAUCAUGACGGCGAAGCGCGUAGGGGUCAUCAUCACAUGCAUCUGGGCUGCCUGCACAGUCUCAGGCAUUUUGUUCAUCAUUUACUCUGACAGCAGUGUUGUCAUCAUCUGCCUUAUUAGCAUGUUCUUCACUAUGCUUAUUCUCAUGGCAUCCCUCUAUGUCCACAUGUUCAUGAUGGCUCGGAUGCAUAUCAAAAAGAUUGCUGUUCUUCCAGGGAGUGGCCCUAUUCGCCAAGGGGCCAACAUGAAAGGGGCCAUCACUCUCACCAUCCUGAUUGGAGUUUUUGUUGUGUGCUGGGCUCCAUUUUUCCUGCACCUGAUUUUCUACAUCUCCUGCCCCUACAACCCUUACUGUGUGUGUUUCAUGUCCCACUUUAACUUCUACCUCAUCCUCAUCAUGUGCAAUUCCAUCAUCGAUCCACUUAUCUAUGCAUUCCGGAGUCAGGAGCUCAGGAAAACAUUCAAGGAGAUUAUAUGCUGCUGUAGCCUGCGAGGGCUUUGUGAUUUGCCUGGCAAAUAUUAA